CGCUGGGCGGUGUAGGAAGUGCGGUGCUGGCUGCAGGCUGGAGCCGGCUUUCGGAUAACGCUGUGCAUGCAGGGAAGCGUUUCCAGGGAAGGGUGGAGGCCAACCGGAAAGGAGCCCGAAAGGAAGGGGACGCCCCAUUCUUGCUACGGUAGCCUGAAAGGAGAGGCAGAGGCGGCCCAGGAGAAUUGCUCGUUUCUGGGACUCCGUCAUAAUGUCUUUCAAGAGGGAAGGUGACGAUUGGAGUCAACUCAAUGUGCUCAAAAAACGAAGAGUUGGGGACCUCCUGGCCAGUUACAUCCCGGAGGAUGAGGCGCUGAUGCUACGGGAUGGACGCUUUGCUUGUGCCAUCUGUCCCCAUCGACCCGUCCUAGACACCCUGGCCAUGCUGACUGCCCACCGUGCAGGCAAGAAACAUCUGUCCAGCCUGCAGCUUUUCUACGGCAAGAAGCAGCCAGGGAAGGGAACAGAACAGAAUCCCAGACAGCAGAACGAAUUGAGGAGGUCAGAGACCAAAGUUGAGGCUCCUUUGCUAACCCAGACUCGACUUACCACCCAAAGUGCUCUGCAUAGAGCUCCUCACUAUAACAGUUGCUGCCGCCGCAAGUACAGACCAGAAACUCCUCGUCCCUCUGUCUCCCAUUCCCCUUUGCCACCCCCAGAGGUCAAACCCGAGAGCGGGAAGAUCAGUAGGGAAGCUGUGCCUGGGGCUGGCCCGCAGGCCAAGGAGUCAGAAACUCUCUCACCCCCGGCACCCAUGAGCCCCACGAAAAGACGCGCCCUGGAUCAUUACCUUACCCUUCGAAGCUCUGGAUGGAUCCCAGAUGGACAAGGUCGAUGGGUAAAAGAUGAGAAUGUUGAGUUUGACUCUGAUGAAGAGGAGCCCCCUGAUCUCCCCUUGGACUGACACCCUCAUUCCCCCCUCAGUUCACAAAUAAAUUUCAGUGGGCUCUGGGAGCCGAAUUUUC